AUGGGCUCCCUGUACACCUCAAUUUCCUUCCGCAAGUUUUCGUAUAUAAGCGACCAAAACCACUGGAUUCACUUUCCUUAUCGUUCCGACCUGUCGCUCAACGUGGGCCAGAAAAGCGGCAGCAAGAAGACACAGGAGCCGGGAGAUGACCUGCUGAUCAAGAUCAUGUGGAAGGCAGAGGUUUUGGAACGGCUCGUGUUUGAUGAGCACCAGAUGGUCAAAGCAUAUGCAAAAUAUCCCUCAAUUGCAUUAAAAUACUAUCCUAAUGCAAGAUAUUGUAAGAAGCUCCAGCUGGGGUUUGCGUCACACGACGAGUUCAGCAAGUGCAUCCAGGUGCUUGACUCUCAUGGCAUUCCAACCCAGCAGCAAGAAAAAGCACGUUUUUUGGGCAGCCAGAUUCAGUCGCAAAUGCAAUCGCAGAUCGAUUUCGGCAGCCAAAUGGCAUUCUCCCAGAGCUCACAGGUAGAGAGAAAAGACAGGAAAAGCGACGACGUUAUCAGAGGUGGGAUGGUAAACAGCUGGUCGCAGCCUGCAGAGCAACAGGGUGUGGCAGAGUCUGCCAGCCAGAUUCCAGAGAUCCCUGCGAUCGAGCCCACCCCAAACCUAGAUUUCCUCAAUUCUAUCCACUACACCUCGUUCCAGGACGAUGACCUCACAAAGGACCCGUCGCUGAACUUCAACAGCACAAGCAUGGAUAUCGGUGACCUUAGCACGUCGACGAAGGUGGCGACUGUGGAUUUUUGCGCGCUCAGUGAAAAAGAGCUUUACAGCUACAUCUUGGGAAAAUUAAAAGACGAGGAUUUUAAAUACUUGCUUUACAAGCUCGAUAGAAUCCUGAAAAAAUAA